AAAAAAAAAAUGUCAUAAAAAUAUUAUAUAAAGAAUAAGAACAUUGGAGCAACAAUGAGUAGAGCAGCAGUGAAUUGGAGCAGCUAGCCUAAGUAACAGCGACACACAUCUUUAUAAUAAGCUGAAAUCCGUGAUUGGAAAACUGAUUUAGGAAUGAAAUUAUUCAGUUUUAACAUUUUCUUCAGGUCAUUCCAGUCUCUAGCAGCAGCGUUCUGAAAAGACGACAGACCAAGUACAGAAGUAGCCUUAGGAACUGUCAGCAGAAUCAGAUUAGCAGAACGAGUAUUAUACACAGAAAAAGAAAAGUGUAACAAUUCCUGUAGGGGAAAAACCAAGGAGAGUUUUGUAAAUAAUCAUAAGCCAAUGGACUUUACGGCGGGUGUACAAUGAAGACCAGUUGAGAGAAUAAUACAGGGUACAAUGAUGGGUUUUGAAAGGAGCAUUUGUUAUAAACCGGAUGGCAGAGUGAUAAAGAACGUCGAGCUUCUGAAGCAAGCCUUUGGAUGCUGAUCUGUAAAUAACAGCACCCGGGACCCCCUUGCUGCGAGGCAGCAGUGCAUCCUCCACGCCACCGUGCCCCCAAGUGUUUAAUACAUGCUUCAGUGCAUUUAAUCACGAUAUCAGGUAUUCAUCUUAGCAUUCUAAAUAUUCAGAGAGCAGGAAUCUCAUGAAAUGAAUAUAUUCUUUGGCGAUCGCUGCCUGCGCCGCCUCUCAAUGCAGGAGGAAAUCAGAUAAAGAAGCACGUACAGAUUGUCAUGGGUCGGGGAACACUUAACACAAAGCAUUUAAUGUGCUACAUUAAUUUAUGACGGGAUUUGAUAAAAUCUAGUAAAGUAAACACUCGUUUUAAGAUUAAGUUUAGUUUACGACGUUCUACUUUAAUGAUAAACUGCGAGAAUAAAAUCAACAUUUCAACUUUGAUCUUAACAUAAACGGCGAGAACAAAGUAGAAAUUCCGAGAAUAAAGUCAGCAUGUCGACUUUAUUGCACUCGUCAUAAGCGUCGAAAUUAAAGUUGAAUUAUUUUUUUCUUCACUAAGUCCGUAGGCUAUUUUUUUUCCGUGGCCCUAAUAGGCUUCCGUACAUAUACUUAUAUAACACUGAAUUGAAAUGUAGAAUUAGAAAACAAAAUCAAAAACACAUGCUUAUUUUUCAUAGAACCUAUGCAUAUUUAUUUACUUAUUUUUCAAAAUAACGAAAUAUAUUAACGAUAACUCCACUCUUUUGAAGCUACAGAUUAGUAGGGAAAAAGAGUGUUGCGUGAUAUUAGAAAUGUUUUAGGCUUACAUGUAGAAAAUGGAUGGGUGGAUGGAUGUUCUCUCUAAUAAGGGUGUGUACAACAGCUAUUUAAUGUCAGCUUACUAUAAAUGCAUUCACUUAGUCUGCUUCUGUUACGCAAGUUAGGUAUCACACAGCAAAAAUUAAAACUGUUCGAUUAUUGAAGAAUGUGUUCAGUAUAUAUAGAGAAACAUAUUUUAACACUGUAAAUUAAUUUACCACUGUUUAGUUUGCUUUCCAUAUACUUUGAACAGAUUGAAGCUUAAUUCAUUUUUCUGUCUAUCUUCACUGCCAGUAGCCUGCUGCUUUGUGUAACUCGCUUUGUGCGCAUAUCUGAUCCUUGUGAUUUGUGAGGUAGAAUAAGGUGGAGUUUAUUCAUACGUCUUUUUCAUUUAACUCUAUAUUUGUUUUGCCUUUGUGCGUCUCUCUAAAGUUAUAUACAUUUUUCAGCAAUAAGCCAACAAGCAUUUUAGGGUUAACGCAUACUAAUGAAAUUGGCGUUAUUUUGAGUUUCACGUACCCGCCCGCUUACUGAUUGACUUUCAUGCUGUGCUGACGCUAACUGAGCUUUCAGCCGGCUGUCUGCCACACGGCGCUAGCUGCACUGUUUAUCUGACAUGGCUGAAGGUUAAAUUACCUAUGGCCAUUUUUAUUUUCAUGUAUAUUACGAGUGUACACCAAACAAACUGACUAACAGACUCAGCAGAAAGCAUGAAAGGGAUUACAAUAUUUAACGGAAACUCGGCAGAAUCAAACUGAGGUCGCUUCUUUUAUUGUUUACAGAUGCAGAUUAUAAAGCUCAUCUUCCCCUGACGGUGAGAAUGGCAGCGUGGUUAGAUGUUGUUUGCAUUAUUUCAGUGGGAGCCCUGGUGAUCUUCAGUAACAAGAAAGGCAUAUUUAACAUUAAAGGACUGAGCAACAAUGGUUUAGUAAUUACUCGGAUUUUAUCUACACUUCCUUUGACUGUCCUCCUGUAUUGCCUAAGAGAACACAAGAAAGAACAUGAGAAAUCAAAGGAAAAAAAUACUAACCUGAAAAGAGAAUGUGAUGAACAAAGAAGUCAGAAUGAGAAUUUAAUUAAAGAAAUUGUCAAGAUAAAUGCACAAAAUGAUAAAUUACAUGAAGAAAAGACUACCUUAAAAAGAGAACUAAAUGAACUGGAACAGGAAUUUGAUUUGCUCGGAGUUGUUCCUGAAAAAGUAUGGAAAACAAUACGUCAAAUAGAAGCAACCAUGUUGACAUCUAUAGAAAAGAAGUUCAUCUUCAUAUUUCUUGUGCAGUUCAUGGCUGACGGCACAGUUGCAGCACCAAUUCGCUUAACCAUUUCCACUAAGCAGAAUGAUACAGUUGUAGCACUAAUGCCUUUAACAAUUUCCUCUAAGCAGAACAAUACAGUUGGCAUGUUCAAUGGGAUGGACCAUUUCUGUUAUAUAGUUGUAGUAGUCUUACUGCUUAUGUACUGCAUCUGUGCUAAAAAAAUAUUUAGAUUAUCGAAAUUGUUUGCUCCCUGCAGAAAUGCUAAAAGAGUUCGGAAGAUGCGCUGUCUGUGCUCCAGUUUUUGGAACUCAAUUUUAAGAAUGCAAGUAUUCUCGUUAAACCAGGAAAAGUUACCUGAAGAACAAGGCCUAAUUGAACAAAAUGAAGAAUUUAGAACAACAUCUAAACAGUCUAAUUAUAGAAAAUCAAAAUCUAAAAAAAGGAUGACUAAAUUUAAUUAAACUUUUAAAGCCCAAUGUAAGAAGACUAUAACAUUCUUAAACACAUUGUGGCCACCAGAGGGCGCUCCAGAUACCCAAACACCAACAAAGACAGACAUCAGCACAAGUUUGCCACAAAGCACUCGUUAAGCGCUUUUUGCUUGCUCCCCACAACACAGCACAGUUCCCAAGAAGCAAAGUACAAUAGAACACUGUCCUUUCUUUCCUUCCUCCUUCCCUGCCUUCCUUCCUUCCCUUUCUCUCUCCCUCUCCUUCAUUCCACCUCCACUCCUCCUUUGGCAAGCUUCUUCCUCUUUCUCCAGACUCAGGCUCUCAGAGUAGCAGCAGCUGGCUUACUUUGUAAUGCACCUGGUAGUGCUGCAGGCGUUUGAUGACCUUCUUCCGGCAGCACUUCCAGGUGUGGCCAAAGGACCGAGCCUCCGCCGGGUUGAGCUUCCAUACUUCAAACCCGUGGCACUGCUGCAAACCAGGGGAGCUGCCCUCUAGUGUUCCUGCGGAGGUAAUGCUCUGGAUAAGCUCCCUUCCCUAAUCCUUCCAGAAUAGAGGUAUCCUGGCUGGGCAAGGGUCAAAGUGGUCUGCCUCACCAUAUAAUUCACUUCAGGCUUCAGAGCCUAUCCCAGCAGUACUGGCUACUAAACAUGAACCAACCCUUGACAGGGUGACAAUCUGUUACAGAACCCACAUACUGGGGCCAAAUUAGACUCAGCAAUUAACUCAACAUGCACGUUUGUUGAAAUGGGAGGAAAACACGUGCAGACAUGGGAGGAACGUGCAAACUCCAUAAAAUUAGUGCACAGGCUGGGAUUUGAAUGAUGACAUUAGAAUUAACCAUUAGAGGAGCUAAGCACUACACCACUGUGCUAACCAUCCUGUCACCAUCUUCUGGAUGUUCUCCAGACUUCCAGCUAUU